UUUUUAUUUCUUUAUUACAGAAUCUUGCUUCACAGAAGUAGGCCUACUGAUCGCAUGGUACCGUACAGUACCAGUAAGAUCAGAAUAAGUACAGAAGUAUACCGUACUACAGUCUGACAGUACUAAGUUUGUUUUACAUAAAAUAUGGUUCGCAGCGUACGGAAUAUCUGUAUGAUGGUUAUAUUUGACACUCAAUAUCUCAUUGUGAACCUGCUCCUGAUUUUGUCUGUAUCGAAUUAUGUUUUUGGAGCUAAUCGAAGGCAAGUUAUCAUUAGUCAAGCAAGGGACAUAUGUCUACAUUUUGAAGGACGUCUUGGAUUGUUUGAAAGUCCAACUGGAGAAUUUUGUUGCAAUUGUGUAGCUGGAUCGUAUUUAUCCAAGAUCUGUCAACCGAAUCAUCUCAGAAAGCCUGAAAGUCGAAUUUGUGAGCUUUGUCCGUUUGAUCCACUUGAUCCGAAUAAUCAAACAUACAUGCCUACAGAGAACAAUAAUACGCAGUGUAUUCAAUCAGAUAAUGAAGAUGUAUGCAAAAAGUAUAUGAAUACUCAACGAGAGAUGGGAAAUAGAACUAGGAAUAGCCGAUGCAUCUGUAAAACGGGGUAUCAUACUGCAAGCGGAACUGACGAUGUUUCUGGAGGUUGUCAUGAAAAUAGUCCAUGCAUUGAGGGAUUUGAACCAUCUCACCUUGCAACAAAGACGAGUGAUACACAAUGCCGUGUAUGUCAAAAUGGAACAUUUUCAAAUAUUUCCUCACCAACUGAAAUGUGUAUUCCUUGGUCCAAAUGUGAUGUGAUCGAAUAUGUAAAGAAUAUCGGUAACACAACUCAUGAUAUGGUUUGCCAACUUAAACUUGUGGCAAAUAAUCUUACAAACAAUAAUGUCACUGGAACAAUACAGAAGGAUGAUAUCACCCUUUUGAAUGAUGACAGAAAAGCCAUCAAAAUCAUCAUAUCAUGUGUUAUUGUCUUUGUGAUAGGGAUCAUUGUUGUCGCUGUGCUUUGUUAUCGUUUUUACCAAAAAAAAAAGAAAUCUCAAAAGUCUACUGACUCAAGUGAUAAAGAAACUUCACCUGAAAAUGGUCGAAUUCCGCCAGAGACUCCGAAACAGAAUGGGAAAUUACUUCCAAACCAUGAAAACAAAGACGCUACAAAUGAGGAUUCAAGUGAAGAAGACAGUUUUGUUGUAACAAUGGAGGAAGAGACAAAUAGCAGUGAAAAAAUUUCUUUACAUGAAAUUAGCCGUAGUGAAAAUCCUAAAUCUGACAAUAAUGCAACACCCAUAAGUUCAAGUUUACAGGAAAGUAGUGAUGUUUUAGAAGCCACUGUUGCUGCCGAGAUGGUUCCGUGUCAAAAUAAAGAAUUUUUUAAUGAAGAGCAACUGGAUGGAAUUGAGAAAAAGGGGUUUCUCAAUUGUUGUGUCGAAAGAUGUUUGAAGAAUCCAUCUAUUGGUCAUAAAAUGUUGAGAAAAAUCAAAAAAUUUGAUACCGAAGAUGUCAUUGAAUUUCUCAGAACACUCAAUUUAGGUGACGUUGCCAUCAAUGACGCAAAGAAAGAAAACAACACUCAAUCAGAACUUCGUUAUCAAUGCAUUGUCAAACUUAUUAAAAGUGAAGGUGAAAAACUGACCCCACGAACUAUUUUUAAAACGGAGACUGAAGAAAACAAUUCAUUGAGAAAUUGUUUGAUGGAGGAAUUUCUGAUGAACCUCAAAGUUUGCCAUCGUUCCAGCAAAUAAUGACAACAUAUUGCUGUUUAAAAUACCCACAUGAAGACACAAAUCCACAUGGUUAGGAAAAUACUUGUUUGUUUCAUAUGAUUGUUGAGAUUAAUAAAGCAAGAUUCAGCUCCAGACAUGUCCAGUAUUGUUUGCUAAUUGAAUGAAAAGUUUAUGUACAAAUGUUGUUCAUACGUAUGUUUGCCAAAUGUUUAAAGAAGUGUUUUUAUACAGACAUAUAUUGGAAUCAGGAUUUGCUUUUGUAAUUAAUGCUAUUAUGUUGUAGUACAGUUGCUUCUAUGGUACAUUUCAGUGCUAAAAUAUUUUUGCUCACCCAGAUAUUCACUAAGGCUUUAUCUGGGCCAUUUUCCAUCCAAAUGUGUGUAAGAUAUGCACUGUGACUAUCUAUGUGCAAAUGAUGACAUUAUAAAUUUGUAUUCAUCAUGGAAAAUCCAAGUAUUAGUCAAUCGACUAAAUUAAUUUGACGCCACCAACCCUACUAUACGAUUGAAAUGUAGUUUUGUCAGAUUUUUGUACUUUUCAUGCAUUUUAGACUUGUUUAGGUCAAAUUGCAGUAGUCCUAUUUGAAGACUAAGCACUGAAACUGAUGCUUUUGAAAUACGUAUAAUUCUAUUACCUAUUAUUCUAUUACCUGAAACCCCGAAUUUAACGGGGAUUGUUCUUGCUGAAUUGUUCCGGACCUUGCUGGUGGUUGUUUAAAUGCAUUAGUGUUGAAACCCUUUCUAUUUCAUGUUCAAUUUUUGUUACUCCCGCAGUAUGUGUACCAGGUUAGGGCAGGCCAUAAUUUUAUUCUGAUUUUCCUUAUUUUGAUUCUAUUACGAGUUCGUGAUGUAAAGUAAGCGAACAAAAUUAGUUACCUCCAUAUUGGUACACAUACUUCUGGACCGCCAAAUUUUUUCUUUUUCUCUGGAAUUCAUGAUAAUGGAUUUGUGCAAUUACAGAUUCACUCUUGACCAAAGUAUUGGAUGUUUUGGCUAGUUUUCAAUAGAAUUUUCUUAAUAGUGAUACUUAUUGACUGUUCUGGAUAUCAGGAUAAUCUGACCACUAAUUAAGAGGAAAUGAAUCAUGAAUAUUCAGCUCUGUAUGCACUUAUUUAUGUUUAUGCAUUUCGAAAUAUAAAGUUUUUGUUAUUUUUAGAUAUUUUAUAUUGCCAAUUUUUUAUUCAUUUUAAUCUUUUAUUUUAAUUUUAUGCCUAUGAACACUGAUUGAAUGUUCGGUUCUUUAUUAUAUGAGUGUUCUAACAUACUAGUGCUGACUUAUGCUAGCAAAAGACAUUUCGAUAUAUCACUCAACGCGCGGUAAGUGAAAGAUUAAUUACUAGGCUUAACGAUGUGUUUAAUUCAGUUUUCUAACUGCCAAGUUCUUGCUCUUUCGCGUGCAUGGCAUAUUCAAAUAUAAGUUUUUAAUGCACGU